CUCUCAAGGAGAUCUAGGCCACUGCCAAUUCCACUUCACAUUUCUCAGCUCUAUCUCUUCAAUUUCGUCGUACACAGGAUUGCGUUUUACUGGUCAAGUUUUGAUGGACCUGAAGCGGACUGAGAGUCCGGUCACCACGCGCCGAUGGACCACCGAGUCCAGCACCAUCGGCGGCGGUGCUCUUUCACCAGCAUUGUCUCCGGCGCGUAACCUCCACGUUCGGUCGUCCUCUGCCUCCGGCAUUUCUAAUAUCAAGCGUACUCAAAACGUCGCCGCUAAAGCCGCGGCUCAGCGGCUGGCUCAGGUCAUGGCUUCUCAGACCACCGACGAUGACGAGGAAGAUGAAGGCGACGAUCUAGGGUUCCGCUACACUGCUCCUCCUUCCCUGUCUCUUUCUAGAACCAUUAAUGCCUCGCCUACUAGUUCUGCAAAUAGCAACGUCAAUGGAAGUAAACCUGCUCUCAGUUCUGCGAGGAUCGGUAGAUCUCCCUCACCUGCGGUAGCUCAAAACAAUGUAGAGGAAACUCCAUCAGUUCGUUCAACAUCAUCUGGAAGGUCAGCAAUGUCUCUUCGCGCAGCAGCACCACCAAUACCUCCGCCCAGUAAAACAUCUCUGAGGACGGCUGUUUCUAUUCCACCAUUGGAUCCUCCUAAAAGUCGUCCAACAGAGAAAAGAUUCACACCUGAUACUAUAAAUUUUAACUCAAUGGAUUCUGGAGGUCAGCAUGAUGCCUCUGCACUUCGUGAUGAGUUUGAUAUUCUACAAGAGGAGAAUGAAAAUAUCCUUGAGAAGCUUAGACUUGAGGAAGAAAGAUGUAAGGAAGCAGAGGCUAGAGUUAGAGAGCUUGAGAAACAGGUUGCUGCUCUUGGAGAAGGUGUCUCCCUAGAAGCUAAACUCUUAAGCAGAAAGGAGGCUGCAUUGCGUCAAAGAGAGGCUGCACUUAAGGAUGGAAAACAAAGCAAGAAUGGGGUAGACAAAGAGAUUGCAUCUCUUCGUUCUAAUGUUCAGAAUGCUAGAGAUGAAGUUGUGAGUGCUGCAAGGCAGCUUCAUGGAGCUGAGUCUGAAGUAAAGGCGCUUCGCUCAAUGACACAAAGAAUGGUAUUGACUCAGAAAGAGAUGGAAGAAGUUGUUCUGAAGAGGUGUUGGCUUGCUCGCUACUGGGGCUUAGCUGCAAAAUAUGGUAUAUGUGCAGAUAUUGCAGUGUCAAAAUAUGAAUACUGGUCAUCCUUAGCACCUCUUCCCUUUGAAGUUGUUGUUUCUGCUGGACAAAAGGCCAAGGAGGAGUGUUGGGAAAAAGGUGAUGAUGACAAUGAGAAAAGGAGUGAUCUUGUUCUAGACUUAAGUGAUCUAACUGGGGAAGGAAAUAUUGAGAGUAUGCUUUCGGUUGAAAUGGGUCUGAAGGAGCUUGCUUCAUUAAAGGUUGAGGAUGCCAUUGUGCAUGCAUUGGCUCAACAGAGAAGAGCAAAUAAUGCUCGACUGUCCACAUCAGAUAUCAAAUCCCCACGUGAUGUGAAGUUUGUGGAGGCAUUUGAAUUGAGUCCAGAGGAAUCUGAGGAUGUUCUUUUCAAGGAGGCAUGGCUUACAUACUUCUGGAGAAGAGCCAAAGUCCACGGUAUAGAGGGGGACAUUGCAAAAGAACGACUUCAGUUUUGGAUCAGCUGCAGUGCACAUUCACCAAGUUCACACGAUGCUGUGGAUGUUGAGGAAGGAUUAAUGGAGCUAAGGAAACUGGGGAUCGAGCAUCGACUUUGGGAAGCAUCCCGCAAAGAAAUUGAUCAGGACAACUCUACUGCUCGGAAAUCUGCUAAAUGAUAAACAUAUGGAAAAUGGUUUGUUUGAUAUUCUCUAUGUUUCUUCGAGCUCCUUAAGUUUAUUGCCCGCAUGCCUGAUAGCUUGAUAGUUGUAGGGGGACACAGUGUUAUUGCUCCCUCGCACGAAUUAGUGUUUAGUAGUUGCUAGUGGGCACUGGGUAUUAAAUGUAUCAACAAGUUGGUACCAUAUAUGUUAUUCAAUUUUGUACGAAAAAAGGUUUCUGAGACAAGUGGAUGGAACUGCAUAUAGACACAGAAGAAUUGUGGCCAUGGUUAUGGCUACCUUUAGGACCACUAAAGUUACUAAAUUUUU